GUAAAAGAGCGAUGCGAACAUGGGAUCAUCGAUGAGAGCACCGAAACGUACGAUCGACGGUGAUUUUCGUUAAACGGAAGCGCAACGCGAUGGAAUAAAAUUAUCAAUUAUCAUUUUCGUAGGUCAUUUUUCUAUUCAUAAUUUCACCAAUCAUUCCCAGCUGUUAUAUCGACCACUAAUAACGUCGUGAUCGUAUGCCAUAAAUUGCGUGCAGAGUAAUCUCCUCUCCUCACUCAGUAGCUAUAACCACCUGAAGCCACGUGAUAUUAAAGUACAUUGCAGAGAGUGCAAUUGGAUUAUUUAAUUUAUUAUUUAAUAAGUACAUGUAAUUUGCUCGCCUUGCGUAUAACACCGAGAAGGUUUAGCAUGUACUACACGCUACAAGUACAUACGUGAUACGUAAAUAAGUACAUGUGCACUCGUUGUCAGCCAGUGCAGCCAGUGCCGCGCACAUGCCCAUCGAGAUCGAGAUUUAUGUAUUAAUAUUAAAUAUUUAAUACGAUUUCAAAGUUCCUAGCGCUAUGAGUUUUGAGGAUCAAAACGCUAUGGCCCAGGUCCAACCUAAUUUAAAUGCAGAAGUCUAUAGGAGCAUGACACCGGCGGACAGACCACCGAUACCUGACAAGCACUUGCAAUUUAUUUCAAUUUAUAAUGAAAAUAGUGCUAUUCUUGGUGGUAGUAACAUGACGGACAGAUACUGGAGUGGCACUGUCUGGUAUUACAACAGUAUUGCAGAUUUUGAUAGGAACAAAGCUUAUCUAGCAACGAAAACAGAAAGUGGAGUUUGCGACGCUGUUUUUUUGGAAAGCGAUAAAUUCGUAAUUGGGGAGGACAGCGGUGCAUUGCAAGUUCUUCAGUUAACUAAGUCGUCUGAUGAUUCACAAGAAUUGCAAUGUGCAGGAUACACUUGUUUACAUGACGACAGUCUUUUAAGUCUUUCCGCAUUCGAAGAUAAAUGCCACGUAGUUUCUGGUGGAAUGGAUUGUUGUAUAAAAGUAUGGGAUAUAACAGAAUUAAUGGCAAUACAAUCGUUCAACUCUGCUCAUACGGAUAUAGUCACUUGCGUCGAUUCUAGACCUGGAAGCUUGAAUGAAUUCGCGUCGACGUCAUUCGAUUCUGAAGCACUGUUAUGGGACACAAGGAAAUCGAAACCAGCGCUAAGUAUUCUGAAGAAAGACGUGGGUUUAACAGCGGUAAAUUGGAAUCCCAGUCUGUCGGAGCUUUUGUCAAUAGGUACUGACGAUGGGGAAGUUAUAAUAAUUGAUAUCAGAAAGACAAGCCCAAAACUAUUACAGGAAUCACGUGUUUUUCCUAAACCAAUACAUAAACUCUCAUUUAAUCCGAAUUCUGAAAGGUGGGAGGAAUUAGCUGUUUGCUGCGACGAUGUUACGGUCGUAGUACUAGAUAUGAACUUUUCCUUAUCCGUAUACAAGGAUGAUCGGCAUAAUGACUUCACACGUGAUUUUGCAUGGUUUAACAAUAAUUUAUAUUCUUGUUCCUGGGAUAAUGAAGUAUUACAACAUGUGGUACAUCCUUAGAAUAAUUAGAAACUUAUUAAUAUGAUGAUUACUAUCUUUCAUUCGAUUGAAUGUUCCUCUGUUCCUAUACAUAAAAAUAGAUUUUUAUACUGGUA